AUGAGACUCACAAACAGUGCGGUACCAGUCUACACAGUCUCCGGCUCAGCCACCUCACGCAAUCUUCCUGACUGGUUGUCUCAAAAGCAAAAGCAAAGGAAGGACCCCGAGUAUGCAAACAGGGUCGAGCUUCUACAGGAUUUCGAAUUCGAGGAGGCGAGUUCAUGCGUUCGUGUGAGCGAGGAUGGCGAGUGGGUCAUGAGCACGGGCACAUACAAACCGCAGAUUCACACUCACUACCUUCCUAAUCUCGCUCUCUCUUGGGCGCGACACACCGACACUCUCAACAAAACAUUCCUCUUCCUCUCAUCUGACUACUCGAAAACGGUCCACCUCCAAGAGGAUCGUUCGAUAGAAUUCCACACUCCAGGCGGCCGUCAUGAUUCCUUACGAAUACCCCGGUAUGGUCGUGACUUGGCAUAUGAUAGAAGCAGUUCCGAACUGCUCGUUCCCACCGUCGGAGUCAAUUCCAAUGGUAUGGGCGAAGUAUUCCGGAUCAACCUAGAACAAGGGAGGUUCUUGAAAGAGUUCGAGAUCGAUGUCGGUGGUGACGACAUGACAUCUAUGGGGGGCGGGGCCUUACAAGGCGGGAUCCGUACUGGCAGCAUCAAUACCGCUGCAGUGGCAGAAGGUAGCCACAAUCUACUGGGGUUCGGGACCUCUCUCGGAACGGUCGAGUACUGGGACUCGAGAGCGAGAGCACGUGUUGCGACCCUGGCAAUGCCCUCCGACCACGAUGGACGCCCCGAAGUGACCGCUCUCGAUUUUCAUCGUUCGGGUAUCAGUACCGCUGUUGGUACCUCAUCCGGUCUCAUCUAUCUCUAUGAUCUGCGCUCGCCGCUUCCCACAUUGAAGAAGGACCAGGGUUAUGGGUAUCCUAUCCAUUACGUGCAAUACUUGACACCUUCGAGUACGACAAGAGCCUCAACUUCUGAACCGAAGAUUGCAUCUGCCGAUAGAAGGAUCUUGAAAUUGUGGGAUCAGCAUGAUGGUGCGCCGUGGACCUCGGUGGAACCCACCGUCGAUAUCAACUGCGUCGCUUGGUGCAGAGAUAGCGGAAUGUUUCUGACUGCCAACGAGGGUCGGCAGCAGCACGCUUUCUUUAUUCCCCAGCUUGGACCUGCUCCUAAAUGGUGCUCAUUCUUGGACAAUGUUGUCGAAGAGAUGGCGGACGAUCCUAAUGAUCCAAUGGCUUUCUCCCGAUCACAUGUGGGCGAAGUGUACGAUAAUUUCAAAUUUCUCACUCUCCCCCAACUUCGCAUGCUCAAUCUAGAUCAUCUCAUUGGCAAGACCAAUCUGCUGAGGCCUUAUAUGCAUGGGUACUUUGUUGCCCAGGGACUCUAUGAGGAGGCCAGGCUUAUUGCAAACCCUACGACUUGGGAGGAAGAACGGCAAAAGCGUGUGCAGGCCAAGAUCGAGAAAGAGCGAGAGAGCCGCAUCCGUGGAAAGAAAAAAGUCACUGCCAAAGUCAAUCGCAAGAUGGUGGAGAGGAUCCUCGACCGCGAAGAGAAGAAUGAAAGACGACGUGCACAACGAGUUUUGGCCCAGGGAGGUGAUGAAAAGGAGAGUGAACAACCAGCUCAUCCCACACCGGAAGAGGAGCAAGGUCUUUUGGCAGAUUCUCGUUUUGCCAGACUCUUCCAAGACGAGGAUUUUGCUGUGGAUGAAACUUCCCGAGAGUUUCAACAGCUCAACCCCAGCACCAAAGCUGCACCAUCCACAAACUUGGAUCGCGAGAAAGGCCUUACUGCUGUGGAGGAGGAAGCCAUUGAUGAAGUGCCUCCGUCAAGUGAUGACGAUGAUUUUGGAGAUGAGGGUCCAUCUUCGAGAUACAAGACCAAGGAGCGCAUAUCCAACGUUGAUUACAAACGACGAUCAGGUCAAAAAGGGCGUAAGCAAAUAGAGAUGAGAGUUAGUUCGUCUACCGGCUCGAACUCCCGCGGCAAAAAUCCGGGCGAUCGGUCCUUUGGGUCUCGGGCAGACAACAUCCGACCUGCUGAGCGGUUCAAACGGAAUGAUACUCGAAACGUCGUUGGCAACCAAGUCAUCACCUUCGAUGCACCUAGCAGCAAACCAAAGAAUCGCUUCGAUGGCGGGGACCGCCCCAAAAAUGGCAAACGGCCGGGUGAUCGAAGAAGUGCGUCUGGCAACGCAUUUAGAAGGAUGUAA